AUGGCCACUCAAGACUCUGCUCCACACGUAGCGUCACAGCAUCCGCCGGAUGCACCGCAGCAGAGCACCUCUGGGGAGGCGUCUCUGCCUGUCUAUUUGCCUCAGUCGAGUUCUACCGCUGCUGCGUUUGAACUGCAAGGCUCAGGCGUUGUAAAGGCGACAGCACCGGCUCCUCCUCUCGAAGGCAACAGCAACAGCAGCAUCCAGCAGCAACAGCCUUCUGCUCCGCAGUCACAGAGCCUUGAGGCGGUCCAAGGGAAUCCUCAGGCGGAGGCGCUUGUGCAGCAGCAAGCGGCUCGCUCCUUGGCAGACACCCCAGCGACUCCAGCAGGAAUACUCGGAGCAGAUGCAGCAGUGCCUGCUGCUCUCGACUCUUUAGGAGGCUCUCAUGCGCCUUCUGCAGCGACCCCGUGCGACGCUGCGGGGGGGGCGCAGGCGGUGGAAGCGGUCGCUCCCGCAAAAGCCGCACCGCUGGUUCUGAGUCAGUCUCUGCAUGCGCGCGAGUGCGAAUGUGGCGAGUUGAGCCUCAAGGCGGAAGAGCUGCAGCUGCUGCAGCCCUUCCUGCUGCAGUACUCGUGGCGUCUGGUGCCGUGCGCGAUGCCAGCUCGGAAGGGGGGCAGCAGCAAGAGUUCCCGCAGUCGCGUUUGCCCUUCGCGGCGGAUUGCGCAGGAGCUGGAGGCUCUGCAGUCCGCCUGCGACACAGCGGCGAUGGAGCUCGGCAAGCGUCGGCAGAAGCGGGCGAGCAGCAGAUAUGACGAUCUGGCAGAAGACAGGAAGACUGGAAGACUCAGGACGGGAUCGCCCGGUGAUCCUUCGGGAGCCUCCGCCAGAUCUGCUGACGCUUCUGUCGUAAGCCAGCAGAACGCUCGCACGCGGUCGAGAGCAAGCCGCACCUGUGCUGCUUCUCAGCAGCAGCAGCACGAGUCGGGAGUCUGUGGAGGCGGCGUGGAGUCUCGCAGCUCUCGACGGCGCCGCUUUUUGAGCGGCGACGACGUCCAGAGUCUCUGCAGCGAUUCGUGGGGAGGGGCAGGAGGCGGGGGGGAGGGGACUGGCAGCAACGGGGGGGGGGGCCCUUCGGGGGCGGGAGGAGGGAGUCACCUCAAGUCGCUGAAGGCUGCGCAGUGGUUCCUGUACCCCGUCGAUCCUGAGGCUGACAACGUGCCAGACUAUUUGGAUGUCGUGCAGCAUCCUAUGGAUCUCCAGACGGUUGAGAAGAAGCUGCUGCAGGGCGCCUAUCCGCAUCCCUUCUUGUGGCAGCAAGAUGUGCGUCAGGUGUUUUUCAAUGCCUUUUCCUAUCACGUCGUUUCAACGGAAGUGUGGAGAGACGCAACAGCGCUCGCUCUCGAGUUCGAGCGGUGCUGCAAGCACGUGCAUGAAGUGAAUCCGUACGCGGAGGUUGUGUCAGACAGCGACGAGUUGGCGGCGUCGCUGCAGACUACACGCCCUUUGGAGGGACUGA